AAACAGUAGGGGGCAGCCAUGUUUAUUUCAGUAUUAUUUUGAAAUCCGGGUAGGAGGGUAGGUUCAUGAGUUUAGCUAUUUUUUUCUCCGCUUCACUUCACGUUUUAGGCAAUUAAUGGUACGUCUCACCACUUCGCCUUUUGUGAAGUAUUUAGCUGGGAGAAAACGACUGAGUGAAUGGUUGAUGUUCAAACUAACUGGCCGAUUCCAGUGGGACCGACCGGUUGCCUUUUCCCCCAAGUAUUGUAGUGAAACUUGAGUAAGCACUUCAAUCACCCCCUUCUGUGUUAAAUCGCGGAAGAAUAAGUGGGUCAUGUGACCUUGAAAACGGCUUUCGCAGUAUUGCAUAUCCCUCCUACCAAUGAUGAAGCACUUUAGUCACCUGCUCCAAGGAGCUGGAUUUUAUCGCAAUUGACCGCGGUAAGUUGACUGAUCUGAGAUAAGUAGGGCUACGGAACCUACAGACAGCAGUUGACCAAGACUUAUAAAGCCCUUAUAUUGGAGAACAUCGUGGGUGCGCUUCUCGCUUUUUCCAAAGGUUAUAUACUUAUAGUUCCAGAACUCCACGCACGACUGUGGACGGCACGAAUUAAGGUUACUGCCUAACCAUUUGCCUGACUGUUUAUGGUCUUAUUCUUAGGUUAAAAGAGCUCUAUAUCACUAAGACGUCUGGUAGCGUUACCCGUAAUAGUGGUGGCUUACAUUGAGCUACUUGAUCUCUCUCGUAUAGUCUACACAACUUGAUGGACAGCGUACUAAGAGCAGUUUCGUAAGCAUGUGUGAACAUUUUGUUUGUUAGGUCCAUAUCUAUCCAUAUGAUAUUUCUUCUAAAUUCCUUAAUAUCUUCUUUUCAGUUAAAAGCACCGAAUGCAGUAAUUGCGACUUGUGAGUUUUGUUACAAAAACCUUCAACUAGUUAAUCCUGGGUUUCAACCCUCACCAAAUUACCAAAGUUUCGGCUGCAAAUUAGUGUGACAAACUGUGACACCAUAGAUGUUGUUCAUUAACCACCACCGAGUCUCAUUGGUGUACUGAUUUGAAAUAUAAAAAUCUGAACCAGAACUCAACCCUCAUCUAUCCUUUUUGUUUCAAAUUUUGAUGUAAUUGCUUAACGAAACUCACAGUUUUCAGCUGCCAUUCGUAUCCUAAAAUCUGGUGUAACUGAAUUUCCUCAGCGACUUCUUAUAUCGUUCUUCUUUUUAUCCCUAAUUGCGCCUGGUGAUUAUUCAGAAUUUUACACCUUGAGAAUCCAUACAAUUUAAACCAUAGUUUGUUCCAUCAUCUACACUUCAUCCGGGUGUUCCAGUUCAUACGUGAUCAAACUCGGCUUGAUGCAGAUUAGAACACCGAUAUUUUGAAACUCUUUAGUGCAUUCUAGGGUGUGACCCGUGCUGAAUGUGAUACGUGACAUAAUUUUAUUUAUUGUUGCAUUUUUAAUUCUUUUUAUUAAGGAACCUGCAAUUUUUCCCAACAGAUCAUCUUCACUGAGUUAUCAGCAGAGUUGCUUUUUGCUGAAUUUUAUGACAGUUAAACAUGACAGUCCUGGGUGAAGACUGGUUCGCUGUGGGAGAUAUAUAUUUCAGAAAGCUGCGUCUGUACGACAUGCCGUGGGGAAUGGGGUUUUCUCUUUCUCAGUUCAAAAUGUCCAUUUGCCAGUAUUCUGGUUAUAUUGGUAAAAGAUGUAAUUUUUACUAAACCAUUACCUAGCGAUGUAUUUGGAUGGUCAAGCUGGUGCGAAACCUGUACUUCAAAUCUACACGUCAGCAGGCAAGCUUGUAUCUCAACAUGUUUGGAAGGAUGCGCCUGGUGUAUUAGUUGGCUGGACUUUAUCAGAAGAUUUACUAGUUGUACAAAAAACUGGAUUCACGACAGUUUUGGAUCUUCAAGGGAAAUUUAUUCGUCGUUUCAGUAUGGGACCUGAAGCUGAGGAAAGAGAAAUAAUUAGUGCUAAGCUGUUUGUUGUGGAGAAUAACACAGGUAUAGCUGUUCUUACUGGUGGAAAUCACAUUUUUCUGACAACUAGCAUUGAAACGCCACGAAUGCGACGUCUUGCUGAAUUACCUGGACCUAUCCAAUCUCUAUCACAAUGGAGUAUUAUUACAACACCUCUUGAUCUGGGAACUACCGAUUCCUUUCGAAGUCCAUGGUUGUUGAUUGCACGCAAAAAGAAUUUAUAUCGAGCAAACUUUGGAACAGUUGAAAGUAUUGACUUAUCCAGACUUACAAAUUCGAGUGGUGAUGACAUUCGUUUACUAUCGAUAUCUUUAAAUAUGCAGUUUGUUGCAAUUUAUUUAAACAAUGGUGAAUUAUUAAUUACAAAUACCCGAUUCACUGAAUUACAUUCACAUAUUGAUCUUACACAACGUAUAUCAGUAAUGCUAAUGAACAGCAGUGAUUCACUUAGUCAGCGGUCAAAUGAAUUGAAUCAUCCUAAAGCAUUAUUGUGGUUGACAAAUUCAGCUGUUGUUCUCCAGUGGGAUAAUUUAAUUGCCAUUGUUGGUGUACAGUCAGAUAUUUAUGAAGCAUUCUACGCAGAUGAUAUAUUCUUAUCACAAGAGAUUGAUGGAAUUCGCAUUAUAACGCCUACAUCACAUGAACUACUACAACGGGUACCAUCGGCGCUUGAAUCAUUAGGACGGAUUGGUGCAUCAUGUCCAGCCACUUGGUUAGUGUCAGCUUAUAAAAGUUUGAAAGCAAACUGUGGACGUACUAAUGAUUAUUUAUUACCUAUUAAACAAACUAAUCAAAUGAUUGAUGCAAUAUCUCAUUGUAUUGAAGCAGCUUGUCAUGCCACAGUUGAUUAUGCUUGUCAACAAGAAUUACUUGAAUCUGCUCAUCUGGGUCGUAUAUUGUUACUGGCUAUGUUUAAUACGGCGGAUACUGCUACUACUCCUGACAAUUGUUCAGUGGAGGCUAAAGUAAAAGAGCUUGCUGAUCAUGCAGCUAAAGUUUGUCAGACAUUGCGUUUACUAAACAGUUUAGCUGUUCCUUGGUUUGGAAUCGCUUUAACAUGGCGUGAAUUCCGUGAAUUAGGACCAAACAAAUUGUUUGAACGUUUGUUAGUUCGUCGGCAUUAUCCAAUUGCCAUUGAACUUGUUCGAAUUCAUCAAAAGCACAAGUGGCCAAGAAGCAUUCUCGAAGAAAGUCAGGGAAAUUAUGGAACAUGUACAUUUUCACAUCUACUUGCUCACUGGGCGUGCAAUAGCUCUAUAACAUCCUCGGGAGCAGCUGCACUGAUAUCAGAACGUGUGGCAGCUAUCGUUGAUAAAUUACUCAAUGAUUCCCCAGAAAGUAAAUCGAAUUCCAGUGGUAGUCGUGUCAACUUCUUUAAUACUCCUGUUUCUCAUCUGGAUUUCGCCGAUGUUGCCAGUCAAGCUAUUUUAGCUGGUCGCGAGACGGUUGCAGAACAAAUAUUAGAGUAUGAACCACGUGCGUGGCGUCAAGUGCCAUUACUUUUAAAAUUAUCACGUUAUAAUCGUGCAUUAGUUCGAGCGGUGGAAACAGGCGACCCUGAAUUGAUUACUGUGGUCGUAGUAGCAUUACAAGAACAAGGUAAAUUACCGCCAGCAGACCUUGCCAUGGUACUUCGCCGACAUCCAAUAGCUCUUGCUAUCUAUCAGGAAACAUUAGGUCAGGUUGAUCACUCGUCAUCUGAUUCAGAAAAUUCAACACAAACUGCUCUUCUCACCUUUAACCAAGAAAAUGAUCGUGCUGCAGAAGCUAAAAAAGCUGUUCUUUCAGCUUAUCGGGAGAAUAGUUUGACUUCAAGACUGACAUUGCUACAGAAUGCUGAAGAGAUUUAUCGACAAUUGAAGAAUGAUUUUAUGGCCCAGGAAUGUAAUGCACAGAUACGUCUAUUGAAAUUUCAAAGUAAACUUGAAAAACAAGAAAUAUCUGCACCACUUUUUGAAAUUAAAGCUGUCACUGGUUCAAAUCGGAUAUUACCUGAGACAGUGAUAUCUGGCAACAGUGCACAUGAUAAGCUUUGGAUAGGUCAAUCUUUAAAUACUACACUCUGUCGAUUAUUGGCUACAGGACAUUGCGAACGUCAAGCUGAUCAAUUACGUAGAGAGUUUAGAGUUUCAGAGAAACGCUUUGCUUUUCUACGUAUUGUUGGUAUGGCAAUAAACAAUGAAUCUUGGUUGGAAAUGGAUAAAAUGAUUCGAACCAAGAAACCACCUGUUAAUGUUGAGAUAUUGACUAAAAUCUGUAUUGAUGGCAAUCAUAUCGAAGAUGCAAUUAGAUUAAUUCCGAGAAUUCCACCUGAAAGAAGAGUACGAUUUUGGCUAAUGAUUGGGAAAAUUGAAGAAGCUAUUCAACUAGCUGUUCGUGAAAAGUCUGAAUAUGAUUUAUUGUAUAUACAACAGGAGGUUGGAAAAGCAAAUCGUGAAGUCUACGAUCGUAUAACUAACCUCCGAGCACAAAUCCAGUGAAUUGGGAAAAAACAUUUAUUGACUGCCUACUCUUUCUACUUCUUCUUAUCACAUAUGAUUUUCAUAAUUAAUAGGUCAGAACAUUUAUCUCACACCAUUGUGUACAUUACUGUGAUAAUAAUGAACUAAUAUCUCUUACUUUGAUUGUAAAUGAUUUCUGCUUAUUAUUUCUCUGAAUUAUAUAUCCUGCCAGGCUAAGAAAUACUUUAAAAAAUUAAUUUUAUAUCAUUGCUUUUUUGUACAUGUAUUUUAUCAGUGAAUUGAUCUGGUGUACAACCUCUUCUUAUCAUUUAAGAAAAACAAUGUUAUUGUAAAAUGUACAGCGU